AUGGCGACCGACGCGCCCUCUUCCGCCGCCGCCACCACCGUCAGUGAGAUUGUGAACGCGGACUAUAAACUGCCUCGAUCAAUAUUUGACUUGACAGCGGGUUUCUUUGACUCGUGUCGGUUGAUGAAUCCUUCGGUCCGCCUUGGACAUGUGGUUUCACCCGCUUUCGAUCCGGAGGCGGAGGAGAAGAGUUCCAAGGACGGCGUGAUUUUGGAUAGAUGGACCUGUAAUACUUGUAAAACUGACUUCGUAUCUCUUCAGGAUCAACGCUCGCACUUCAAGUCGGACAUUCAUCGCCUUAACAUCAAGCUGAGUGUUGCUGGAAAGGCUAUUUUGAAAGAAGAAGAUGUUGAUGAGCUGACAUCUGAGUCGGUCCAGGACUAUGAUGUGUCUAGUAUCUCAGGUUCUGAGGACGAAGCUGAGGCAAGGCCCUUUGAUGCUCAAAAGGGUAUUGACAAAAAGAAGCUGUUUGUUCGUCUUCAGAGUGGUGAGAAAGUUUCUGUCUGGAGAUGCUUAAUCAUGGACGAGGCUGAAAGGGUUUCAUACGGGAAUGACAUGGAAGUUUCUGUUAAUGAUCGUGGCGAGGAUGAAGUGACUGAGAGGUUGAGAAAUUUGAUUCGAGAGAAUACGGAUGGCAUGCUAAUGCGCGUCGUGUUGCUUGCUAGUGGCGGCCACUUUGCCGGCACUGUCUUUAAUGGAAAGUCCGUUGUGGCUCAUAAGACAUUCCACAGAUACGUUGUAAGAGCCAAGGCUGGUAAAAAGCAGUCCACAAAAGAUGGAAGCGGGAGAAGUAUACACUCUGCCGGAGCCUCACUUCGUCGUUAUAACGAACUUGCUUUGAAAAAGGAUAUUCAAGAGCUUCUUGCUAGCUGGAAGCCUUAUUUUGAUGGCGCUUCUUGUGUUUUUGUCCAUGCUCCCUCAAGCAGUAGGCUGUUGCUUUUCAAUGGAAGCAAACCAUAUUUCAGCAGCCAAAACUGCGCCGUACGAAACGUUCCAUUUGCUAUCCGGCGGCCAACCUUCAAAGAAUCACAGCGUAUAUAUAACCAGUUGACACAGGUUGCAUAUGUAACUGAGGAGAUUUUUGUAAACCCACCAGAGAAAGCCAAGGCUAAGAUUGUGGUGUGCUCCCACACUGAGGAAUCUGGCGAAAUCUUAAGGCAGGAAGAGCCUGGUGAAACUUCGUCUACCAGCAUAAUCUUAGGUGAACCAAAUCUUUCAGAAAGUGAUCUCGGGGAUGGAGUUACUGGUACGUCAACUCCAUUACACGAAGCUGCCAAAUCUGGUGAUUGUGAGAGAGUUGUGGAGUUGUUGGAGGAGGGUAUGGAUCCUUGUGCUAAGGAUGAAAGAGGCAGAACACCGUACAUGCUUGCAAAUGAGAAGGAAGUGAGAAACACUUUCAGACGGUUUAUGGCGUCAAACCUUGAAAAAUGGAAUUGGCAUGAUGCUAAAGUACCCAGCCCGCUCACCAAAGAGAUGGAGGAGUCUCAAGCUGCCAAGCAGGGAGAGAAAGACGCCAAGAAGAAAGCAAGAGCAAAAGAAUUGAAGAAACUACGGAAAGCCCGAGAAAAGAAGGCUCAAGCGGAAGCUGCGCAGGCUGAGAAGGAGAAACCGAUCUCUAAAGUGGAGGAAGUGAGGAGAGCAAUGGCGGCCGAGAGGGAAAAAAGAGCAGCGGCUGCAGAAAGACGGAUGGCAUCACUUAACAUUGAAAGCAGCAGCUCAACGACAAGAACAAUGUCAUCAUCGGAUGACGUGUGCUCAUAUUGUCAUGUUUCAUUGGCCGGCAAGGUUCCGUUUCACCGUUAUAACCACAAGUAUUGCAGUACGUCAUGUAUGCAUCUUCACCCUGAGAUUAUACAAGAAAGGUGA